ACUAUCGGCCAAUUAAUAUCGAAAUAUCCCGAUAAGAAAAUAAUAGCUGUGUCAUCGAUAGAUCAAAAAUUCGAUAUUUUGCGAGAAAUUUAUAAGCACAGAUCAGGUUAGUAUUGUUCAGAGAGUCAAAACUAUAACUUAAAAGAUGUCGGAAGAAACCAAAAAACUCGACCUAUCUGGCGAUGGAGGUGUACUCAAGGAAAUUAUUAAGGAGGGCAGCGGAAACGAGACACCAAGCAACGGCUGCACGGUUUCACUUCACUAUACCGGCAGACUUGUUGACGGCACCGAGUUCGAUUCGAGCGUUGGUCGCAAUGAGCCAUUCGAAUUGGAAUUGGGCAAAGGCAUCAAAGGCUUUGACAUGUGUGCAGCCACUAUGAAGCUCGGUGAACGCUGUAUAUUAACAUGUGCUCCAAACUACGCUUACGGCGCUGCUGGCAGCCCGCCAAGUAUUCCACCAGAUGCGACACUUAUAUUUGAGUUGGAAAUGUUGGGCUGGAAAGGUAAAGAUCUCAGUCCAAAUCAAGACGGCAGUAUCGAGCUAACAAUUCUGGAACAAAGCGAUAAGAAGCGAACACCAAGCGACGGUGCAUUUGUCAAGGCUCACAUUUCUGGAAGCUUCGAUGGUCGUGUUUUCGAGGAACGUAAUGUAGAAUUUGAUUAUGGCGAGGGCAGCGCCAUUGGCAUAGUCGAAGGGCUUGAACUUGCUAUGGAGAAAAUGAAUAUUGGCGAAACAUCAAAAAUCAAAAUCCAAUCAAAAUAUGCAUUUGGCGCCAAGGGCAAUGAAGCUUUUAAGAUACCACCAAACGCAACUAUUGAGUAUAUCGUGAAAUUAAUUGAUUGCGGCAAAGGUCUGAAGGAAUGGAAGUUGAGUGACAGCGAACGCGUGGCUGAGGCUAAGGUCUACAAGGAAAAGGGCACCAACUAUUUCAAAAAAGAUAACUUUGAGUUGGCCAUUAAAAUGUACAAUAAAUGCAAGAAUCUUUUGCCUAGCAUCAAGGACAAUACCAGCGAUGAGGUCAAGGCACUCAAAGUGGCCGUACACAGCAACAUCGCACUUUGCCAUCAGAAGUCCAACGAUCACUUCGAGGCCAAGACAGAGUGUAAUGCUGUGCUGGAGUUGGAUGUGAACAAUGUGAAGGCUCUAUAUCGGCGUGGACAAUGCAAUCUGGUUAUAAAUGAACUGAAAGAUGCAUUGGAAGAUUUUCAGAGAGUGAUACAAUUGGAGCCUGGCAACAAGGCGGCUGCCAAUCACAUUGUUAUCUGCAAGCAAAAGAUAAAGCAAAACAAGGACAAAGAGAAGAAGUUGUAUGCAAAUAUGUUUACCAAAUUGGCGGCUGGCAACAACGAGACGGAACCACCACGCGACACGGAUGUGCUGGAGAAGUGUGGGGAAUGGUCGGAGGAGGACGCGAAACGUGAAGCUGAUUUAACUUUGGAGCGCGAGAAUGUUAUUAUGAUUUAAAUUUUAAAAAACGAACUUUUCAUCCCAAUGCACUCAUUUGUAAUACAAUACAAUUAUUAUAUUAUAAUUACAAAAAAAUUGUCUGAAC